AUGGACCAGGCAAGCUCUUGGACAAGGCAAGCUCCUGGACCAGGCAAGCUCCUGGACGAGGCAAGCUCUUGGACAAGGCAAGCUCCUGGACCAGGCAAGCUCUUGGACAAGGCAAGCUCCUGGACCAGGCAAGCUCCCGCCCCAUUCUCCCUCUUUCCAUCACCCCGCCCCAUUCUCCUGCUUUCCAUCUCCCCGCCCCAUUCUCCCGCUUUCCAUCACCCUGCCCCAUUCUCCCGCUUUCCAUCACCCCUCCCCAUUCUCCCACUUUCAAUCACCCCACCCCAUUCUCCCGAUUUCCAUCACCCUGCCCCAUUCUCCCGCUUUCCAUCGCCCCGCCCCAAUCUCCUGCUUUCCAUCAUCCCGCCCCAUUCUCCCGCUUUCCAUUACCCUGCCCCGUUCUCCCUCUUUCCAUCACCCUGCCCCAUUCUCCCUCUUUCCAUCACCCAGCCCCAUUCUCCCUCUUUCCAUCACCCUGCCCCAUUCUCCCUCUUUCCAUCACCCCGCCCCAUUCUCCCUCUUUCCAUCACCCCGCCCCAUUCUCCCUCUUUCCAUCACCCCGCCCCAUUCUCCCUCUUUCCAUCACCUCGCCCCAUUCUCCCGCUUUCCAUCAACCCGCCCCAUUCUCCCCCUUUCCAUCACCCCCCCCCCCAUUCUCCCUCCCUCUUUCCAUCACCCCGCCCCAUUCUCCUGCUUUCCAUCACCCCGCCCCAUUCUCCCUCUUUCCAUCACCCCGCCCCAUUCUCCCUCUUUCCAUCACCCAGCCCCAUUCUCCCUCUUUCCAUCACCCCGCCCCAUUCUCCCUCUUUCCAUCACCCCGCCCCAUCCUCCCUCUUUGCAUCACCCCGCCCCAUUCUCCCUCUUUCCAUCACCUCGCCCCAUUCUCCCGCUUUCCAUCACCCCGCCCCAUUCGCCCUCUUUCCAUCACCCCGCCCCAUUCUCCCUCUUUCCAUCACCCCGCCCCAUUCUCCCUCUUUCCAUCACCCCACCCCGUUCUCUCGCUUUCCAUCGCCCCGUCCCAUUCUCCCUCUUUCCAUUGCCCCGCCCCAUUCUCCCGCUUUCCAUCACCCCGCCCCAUUCUCUAUCUUUCCAUCACCCCGCCCCGUUCUCCCUCUUUCCAUUACCCCGCCCCGUUCUCCCGCUUUCCAUCACCCCGCCCCAUUCUCCCGCUUUCCAUCACCCCGCCCCAUUCUCCCUCUUUCCAUCACCCAACCCCAUUCUCCUUCUUUCAAACACCCUGCCCCAUUAUCCCGAUUUCCAUCACCCAGCCCCAUUCUCCCAUUUUCCAUCACCCCGCCCCAUUCUCCCUCUUUCCAUCACCCAGCCCCAUUCUCCCGCUUUCCAUCACCCCGCCCCAUUCUCCCGCUUUCCAUCGCCCCGCCCCAUUCUCCCGCUUUCCAUCGCCCCGCCUUCUCCAUCUUUCCAUCACCCACCCCCAUUCUCCCUCUUUCCAUCACCCCGCCCCAUUCUCCCUCUAUCCAUCACCCCACCCCAUUUUCCCUCUUUCCAUCACCCAGCCCCAUUCUUCCUCUUCCCAUUACCCUGCCCCGUUCUCCCUCUUUCCAUCACCCCGCCCCAUUCUCCCUCUUUCCAUCACCCCGCCCCGUUCUCCUGCUUUCCAUCUCCCCGCCCCAUUCUCCCGCUUUCCAUCACCCCGCCCCAUUCUCCCGCUUUCCAUCAUCCCGCCCCAUUCUCCCACUUUCAAUCACCCCGCCCCAUUCUCCCGCUUUCCAUCACCCCGCCCCAUUCUCCCGCUUUCCAUCACCCCGCCCUAUUCUCCCGCUUUCCAUCACCCCGCCCCAUUCUCCCUCCUUCCAUCAUCCCGCCCCAUUCUCCCGCUUUCCAUCACCCCGCCCCAUUCUCCCGCUUUCCAUCACCCCGCCCCAUUCUCCCGCUUUCCAUCACCCCGCCCCAUUCUCCCGCUUUCCAUCACCCCGCCCCAUUCUCCUGCUUUCCAUCACCCCGCCUCAUUCUCCCACUUUUCAUCAUCCCACCCCAUUCUUCCGCUUUCUAUCACCCCGCCCCAUUCUUUUGCUUUCCAUCACCCCGCCCCAUUCUCCCACUUUCCAUCACCCCGCCCCAUUCUCCCGCUUUCCAUCACCCCGCCCCAUUCUCCCGCUUUCCAUCAACCCGCCCCAUUCUCCCGCUUUCCAUCACCCCGCCCCAUUCUCCCGCUUUCCAUCACCCCGCCCCAUUCUCCCGCUUUCCAUCACCCCACCCCAUUCUCCCUCCUUCCAUCACCCCGCCCCAUUCUCCCGCUUUCCAUCACCCCGCCCCAUUCUCCCGCUUUCCAUCACCCCGCCCCAUUCUCCCGAUUUCCAUCACCCCGCCCCAUUCUCCCGCUUUCCAUCACCCCGCCCCAUUCUCCUGCUUUCCAUCACCCCGCCCCAUUCUCCCGCUUUCCAUCACCCCGCCCCAUUCUCCCGCUUUCCAUCACCUUCAUCCAGCCCCAUUCUCCCGGUUUCCAUCACCCCGCCCCAUUCUCUAUCUUUCCAUCACCCCGCCCUGUUCUCCCUCAUUCCAUUACCCCGCCCCGUGAGGCAGAACGACAAGGGCACUGAGAUGGAGAGGUGCGUGGGGCUCAAUACGACACAGAGAUGGAGCCCCAUUCUCCCGCUUUCCAUCACCCCGCCCCAUUCUCCCUCUUUCAAUCACCCCGUCCCAUUCUCCCAAUUUCCAUCACCCCGCCCCAUUCUCCCUCUAUCCAUCACCCCACCCCAUUCUCCCUCUUUCCACCACCCAGCCCUAUUCUCCCUCUUUCCAUUACCCUGCCCCGUUCUCCCUCUUUCCAUCACCCUGCCCCAUUCUCCCUCUUUCCAUCACCCCGUCCCAUUCUCCUGCUUUCCAUCUCCCCGCCCCAUUCUCCCGCUUUCCAUCACCCCGCCCCAUUCUCCCGCUUUCCAUCACCCCGCCCCAUUCUCCCACUUUCAAUCACCCCGCCCCAUUCUCCCGCUUUCCAUUACCCUGCCCCGUUCUCCCUCUUUCCAUCACCCUGCCCCAUUCUCCCUCUUUCCAUCACCCAGCCCCAUUCUCCCUCUUUCCAUCACCCAGCCCCAUUCUCCCUCUUUCCAUCACCCCGCCCCAUUCUCCCUCUUUCCAUCACCCCGCCCCAUUCUCCCUCUUUCCAUCACCCCGCCCCAUUCUCCCUCUUUCCAUCACCCCGCCCCAUUCUCCCGCUUUCCAUCACCCCGCCCCAUUCUCCCUCUUUCCAUCGCGCCCCCCCCCAUUCUCCCUCUUUCCAUUACCCCGCCCCAUUCUCCUGCUUUCCAUCACCCCGCUCCAUUCUCCCUCUUUCCAUCGCCCCGCCCCAUUCUCCCUCUUUCCAUCACCCCGCCCCAUUCUCCCUCUUUCCAUCACCCGCCCCAUUCUCCCUCUUUCCAUCGCCCCGCCCCAUUCUCCCUCUUUCCAUCACCCCGCCCCAUUCUCCCUCUUUCCAUCACCUCGCCCCAUUCUCCCGCUUUCCAUCACCCCGCCCCAUUCUCCCUCUUUCCAUCACCCCGCCCCAUUCUCCCUCUUUCCAUCACCCCGCCCCAUUCUUCCUCUUUCCAUCACCCCGCCCCGUUCUGUCGCUUUCCAUCGCCCCGUCCCAUUCUCCCUCUUUCCAUUGCCCCGCCCCAAUCUCCCGCUUUCCAUCACCCCGCCCCAUUCUCCCUCUUUCCAUCACCUCGCCCCACUCUGUCUCUUCCCAUCGCCCCGCCCCAUUCUCCCUCUAUCCAUCACCCCGCCCCAUUCUCCCGCUUUCCAUCACCCCGCCUCAUUCUCCCUCUUUCCAUCGCCCCGCCCCAUUCUCCCGCUUUCCAUCGCCCCGCCCCAUUCUCCCUCUUUCCAUCACCCAGCCCCAUUCUCCCUCUUUCCAUCACCCAGCCCCAUUCUCCCUCUUUCCAUCACCCCGCCCCAUUCUCCCUCUUUCCAUCACCCCGCCCCAUGCUCCCUCUUUCCAUCACCCCGCCCCAUUCUCCCGCUUUCCAUCACCCCGCCCCAUUCUCCCUCUUUCCAUCGCCCCCCCCAUUCUCCCUCUUUCCAUCACCCCGCCCCAAUCUCCCGCUUUCCAUCACCCCGCCCCAUUCUCCCUUCCAUCGCCCCGCCCCAUUCUCCCUCUUUCCAUCACCCAAGCCCAUUCUCCCUCUUUCCAUCACCCCGCCCCAUUCUCCCUUUUUCCAUCACCCCGCCCCAUUCUCCCUCUUUCCAUCACCCCGCCCCAUUCUCCCUCUUUCCAUCACCCAACCCCAUUCUCCCGCUUUCCAUGACCCCGCCCCAUUCUCCCGCUUUCCAUCGCCCCGCCCCAUUCUCCCGCUUUCCAUCACCCCGCCCCAUUCUCCCUCUUUCCAUCACCCCGCCCCAUUCUCCCUCUUUCAAUCACCCCGCCCCAUUCUCCCAAUUUCCAUCACCCCGCCCCAUUCUCCCUCUAUCCAUCACCCCACCCCAUUCUCCCUCUUUCCAUCACCCAACCCCAUUCUCCCUCUUUCCAUUACCCUGCCCCGUUCUCCCUCAUUCAAUCACCCCGCCCCAUUCUCCCUCUUUCCAUCACCCCGCCCCAUUCUCCUGCUUUCCAUCUCCCCGCCCCAUUCUCCCGCUUUCCAUCACCCUGCCCCAUUCUCCCGCUUUCCAUCACCCCUCCCCAUUCUCCCACUUUCAAUCACCCCACCCCAUUCUCCCGCUUUCCAUCACCCUGCCCCAUUCUCCCGCUUUCCAUUGCCCCGCUCCAUUCUCCCGCUUUCCAUCGCCCCGCCCCAAUCUCCCGCUUUCCAUCACCCCGCCCCAUUCUCCCGCUUUCCAUUACCCUGCCCCGUUCUCCCUCUUUCCAUCACCCUGCCCCAUUCUCCCUCUUUCCAUCACCCAGCCCCAUUCUCCCUCUUUCCAUCACCCUGCCCCAUUCUCCCUCUUUCCAUCACCCCGCCCCAUUCUCCCUCUUUCCAUCACCCCGCCCCAUUCUCCCUCUUUCCAUCACCCCGCCCCAUUCUCCCUCUUUCCAUCACCUCGCCCCAUUCUCCCGCUUUCCAUCACCCCGCCCCAUUCUCCCUCUUUCCAUCACCCCCCCCCCCCAUUCUCCCUCCCUCUUUCCAUCACCCCGCCCCAUUCUCCUGCUUUCCAUCACCCCGCCCCAUUCUCCCUCUUUCCAUCACCCCGCCCCAUUCUCCCUCUUUCCAUCACCCAGCCCCAUUCUCCCUCUUUCCAUCACCCCGCCCCAUUCUCCCUCUUUCCAUCACCCCGCCCCAUCCUCCCUCUUUGCAUCACCCCGCCCCAUUCUCCCUCUUUCCAUCACCUCGCCCCAUUCUCCCGCUUUCCAUCACCCCGCCCCAUUCUCCCGCUUUCCAUCACCCCGCCCCAUUCUCCCUCUAUCCAUCACCCCGCCCCAUUCGCCCUCUUUCCAUCACCCCGCCCCAUUCUCCCUCUUUCCAUCACCCCGCCCCAUUCUCCCUCUUUCCAUCACCCCGCCCCGUUCUCUCGCUUUCCAUCGCCCCGUCCCAUUCUCCCUCUUUCCAUUGCCCCGCCCCAUUCUCCCGCUUUCCAUCACCCCGCCCCAUUCUCUAUCUUUCCAUCACCCCGCCCCGUUCUCCCUCUUUCCAUUACCCCGCCCCGUUCUCCCGCUUUCCAUCACCCCGCCCCAUUCUCCCGCUUUCCAUCACCCCUCCCCAUUCUCCCUCUUUCCAUCACCCAACCCCAUUCUCCUUCUUUCAAACACCCCGCCCCAUUAUCCCGAUUUCCAUCACCCAGCCCCAUUCUCCCACUUUCCAUCACCCCGCCCCAUUCUCCCUCUUUCCAUCACCCAGCCCCAUUCUCCCGCUUUCCAUCACCCCGCCCCAUUCUCCCGCUUUCCAUCGCCCCGCCCCAUUCUCCCGCUUUCCAUCGCCCCGUCUUCUCCAUCUUUCCAUCACCCACCCCCAUUCUCCCUCUUUCCAUCACCCCCGCCCCAUUCUCCCUCUAUCCAUCACCCCACCCCAUUUUCCCUCUUUCCAUCACCCAGCCCCAUUCUCCCUCUUUUCAUUACCCUGCCCCGUUCUCCCUCUUUCCAUCACCCCGCCCCAUUCUCCCUCUUUCCAUCACCCCGCCCCGUUCUCCUGCUUUCCAUCUCCCCGCCCCAUUCUCCCGCUUUCCAUCACCCCGCCCCAUUCUCCCGCUUUCCAUCAUCCCGCCCCAUUCUCCCACUUUCAAUCACCCCACCCCAUUCUCCCGCUUUCCAUCACCCCGCCCCAUUCUCCCGCUUUCCAUCACCCCGACCCAUACUCCCACUUUCCAUCGCCCUGCCCCAUUCUCCCGCUUUCCACCGCCCCGCCCCAAUCUCCCGCUUUCCAUCACCCCGCCCCAUUCUCCCUCUUUCCAUCACCCCGCCCCACUCUGCCUCUUCCCAUCGCCCCGCCCCAUUCUCCCUCUAUCCAUCACCCCGCCCCAUUCUCCCGCUUUCCAUCAACCCGCCUCAUUCUCCCUCUUUCCAUCGCCCCGCCCCAUUCUCCCGCUUUCCAUCGCCCCGCCCCAUUCUCCCUCUUUCCAUCACCCAGCCCCAUUCUCCCUCUUUCCAUCACCCAGCCCCAUUCUCCCUCUUUCCAUCACCCCGCCCCAUUCUCCCUCUUUCCAUCACCCCGCCCCAUUCUCCCUCUUUCCAUCACCCCGCCCCAUUCUCCCUCUUUCCAUCGGCCUCUCCCAUUCUCCCUCUUUCCAUCGCCCCGCCCCAUACUCCCUCUUUCCAUCACCCAACCCCAUUCUCCCUCUUUCCAUCGCCCCGCCCCAUUCUCCCUCUUUCCAUCACCCCGCCCCAUUCUCCCUCUUUCCAUCACCCCGCCCCAUUCUCCCUCUUUCCAUCACCCCGCCCCAUUCUCCCUCUUUCCAUCACCACUCUCCCGCUUUCCAUCACCCCGCCCCAUUCUCCCGCUUUCCAUCGCCCCGCCCCAUUCUCCCGCUUUCCAUCGCCCCGCCCCAUUCUCCCUCUUUCCAUCACCCCGCCCCAUUCUCCCGCUUUCCAUCACCCCGCCCCAUUCUCCCGCUUUCCAUCGCCCCGCCCCAAUCUUCCACUUUCCAUCACCCCGCCCCAUUCUCCCUCUUUCCAUCGCCCCGCCCCAUUCUGCCUCUUCCCAUCGCCUCGCCCCAUUCUACCUCUUUCCAUCAACCCGCCCCAUUCUCCCUCUUUCCAUCACCCCGCCCCAUUCUCCCGCUUUCCAUCACCCCGCCUCAUUCUCCCUCUUUCCAUCGCCCCGCCCCAUUCUCCCGCUUUCCAUCACCCCUCCCCAUUCUCCCUCUUUCCAUCACCCAACCCCAUUCUCCUUCUUUCAAACACCCCGCCCCAUUAUCCCGAUUUCCAUCACCCAGCCCCAUUCUCCCACUUUCCAUCACCCCGCCCCAUUCUCCCUCUUUCCAUCACCCAGCCCCAUUCUCCCGCUUUCCAUCACCCCGCCCCAUUCUCCCGCUUUCCAUCGCCCCGCCCCAUUCUCCCGCUUUCCAUCGCCCCGUCUUCUCCAUCUUUCCAUCACCCACCCCCAUUCUCCCUCUUUCCAUCACCCCGCCCCAUUCUCCCUCUAUCCAUCACCCCACCCCAUUUUCCCUCUUUCCAUCACCCAGCCCCAUUCUCCCUCUUUUCAUUACCCUGCCCCGUUCUCCCUCUUUCCAUCACCCCCGCCCCAUUCUCCCUCUUUCCAUCACCCCGCCCCGUUCUCCUGCUUUCCAUCUCCCCGCCCCAUUCUCCCGCUUUCCAUCACCCCGCCCCAUUCUCCCGCUUUCCAUCAUCCCGCCCCAUUCUCCCACUUUCAAUCACCCCACCCCAUUCUCCCGCUUUCCAUCACCCCGCCCCAUUCUCCCGCUUUCCAUCACCCCGACCCAUACUCCCACUUUCCAUCGCCCUGCCCCAUUCUCCCGCUUUCCACCGCCCCGCCCCAAUCUCCCGCUUUCCAUCACCCCGCCCCAUUCUCCCUCUUUCCAUCACCCCGCCCCACUCUGCCUCUUCCCAUCGCCCCGCCCCAUUCUCCCUCUAUCCAUCACCCCGCCCCAUUCUCCCGCUUUCCAUCAACCCGCCUCAUUCUCCCUCUUUCCAUCGCCCCGCCCCAUUCUCCCGCUUUCCAUCGCCCCGCCCCAUUCUCCCUCUUUCCAUCACCCAGCCCCAUUCUCCCUCUUUCCAUCACCCAGCCCCAUUCUCCCUCUUUCCAUCACCCCGCCCCAUUCUCCCUCUUUCCAUCACCCCGCCCCAUUCUCCCUCUUUCCAUCACCCCGCCCCAUUCUCCCUCUUUCCAUCGGCCUCUCCCAUUCUCCCUCUUUCCAUCGCCCCGCCCCAUACUCCCUCUUUCCAUCACCCAACCCCAUUCUCCCUCUUUCCAUCGCCCCGCCCCAUUCUCCCUCUUUCCAUCACCCCGCCCCAUUCUCCCUCUUUCCAUCACCCCGCCCCAUUCUCCCUCUUUCCAUCACCCCGCCCCAUUCUCCCUCUUUCCAUCACCACUCUCCCGCUUUCCAUCACCCCGCCCCAUUCUCCCGCUUUCCAUCGCCCCGCCCCAUUCUCCCGCUUUCCAUCGCCCCGCCCCAUUCUCCCUCUUUCCAUCACCCCGCCCCAUUCUCCCGCUUUCCAUCACCCCGCCCCAUUCUCCCGCUUUCCAUCGCCCCGCCCCAAUCUUCCGCUUUCCAUCACCCCGCCCCAUUCUCCCUCUUUCCAUCGCCCCGCCCCAUUCUCCCUCUUUCCAUCACCCCGCCCCAUUCUCCCGCUUUCCAUCACCCUGCCCAUUCUCCCUCUUUCCAUCACCCCGCCCCAUUCUCCCGCUUUCGAUCACCCCGCCCAAUUCUCCCGCUUUCCAUCACCCCGCCUCAUUCUCCCUGUUUCCAUCGCCCCGCCCAUUCUCCCUCUUUCCAUCGCCCCGCCCCAUUCUCCCGCUUUCCAUCUCCCCGCCCCAUUCUCCCGCUUUCCAUCACCCCGCCCCAUUCUCCCGCUUUCCAUCACCCCGCCCUAUUCUCCCCGCUUCAAUCACCCCGUCCCAUUCUCCCGCUUUCCAUCACCCCGCCCCAUUCUCCCGCUUUCCAUCACCCCGCCCCAUUCUCCCGCUUUCCAUCGCCCUGCCCCAUUCUCCCGCUUUCCUUCGCCCCGCCCCAAUCUCCCGCUUUCCUUCGCCCCGCCCCAAUCUCCCGCUUUCCAUCACCCCGCCCCAUUCUCCCUCUUUCCAUCACCCCGCCCCAUUCUGCCUCUUCCCAUCGCCCCGCCCCAUUCUCCCUCUUUCCAUCACCCCGCCCCAUUCUCCCGCUUCCAUCAUCCCGCCUCAUUCUCCCUCUUUCCAUCGCCCCGCCCCCAUUCUCCCGCUUUCCAUCGCCCCGCCCCAUUCUCUAUCUUUCCAUCAUCCCGCCCCAUUCUCCCUCUUUCCAUCACUCCGCCCCAUUCUCCCUCUUUCCAUCACCCCCGCCCCAUUCUCCCUCUUUCCAUCACCUCGCCCCAUUCUCCCCGCUUUAUAUCACCCCGCCCCAUUCUCCCUCUUUCCAUCGCCCCCCCCCCCCCCCCCAUUCUCCCUCUUUCCAUCACCCCGCCCCAUUCUCCUGCUUUCUAUCACCCCGCCCCAUUCUCCCUCUUUCCAUCGCCCCGCCCCAUUCUCCCUCUUUCCAUCACCCAGCCCCAUUCUCCGUCUUACCAUCACCCCGCCCCAUUCUCCCUCUUUCCAUCACCCCGCCCCAUUCUCCAUCUUUCCAUCACCCCGCCCCAUUCCCCCUCUUUCCAUCACCUCGCCCCAUUCUCCUGCUUUCCAUCACCCCGCCCCAUUCUCCCUCUUCCAUCGCCCCCCCCCCCCCCAUUCUCCCUCUUUCCAUCACCCCGCCCCAUUCUCCCGCUUUCCAUCACCCCGCCCCAUUCUCCCUCUUUCCAUCACCCCGCCCCAUUCUCCCGCUUUCCAUCACCCCGCCCCAUUCUCCCUCUUUCCAUCACCCUGCCCCGUUCUCUCGCUUUCCAUCGCCCCGUCCCAUCCUCCCUCUUUCCAUUGCCCCGCCCCAUUCUCCCGCCCCAUUCCCUUCUUUCAAACACCCCGCCCCCAUUAUCCCGCUUUCCAUCACCCAGCCCCAGUCUCCCUCUUUCCAUCACCCAGCCCCAUUCUCCCUCUUCCCAUCAACCAGCCCCAUUCUCCCUCUUUCCAUCACCCCGCCCCAUUCUCCCUCUUUCCAUCACCCAGCCCCAUUCUCCCCGCUUUCCAUCACCCCGCCCCAUUCUCCUGCUUUCCAUCGCCCCGCCCCAUUCUCCCGCUUUCCAUCGCCCCGCCCCAUUCUCCCUCUUUCCAUCACCCCGCUCCAUUCUCCCCGCUUUCCAUCACCCUGCCCCAUUCUCCCUCUUCCCAUCACCCCGCCCCAUUCUCCCUCUAUCAAUCACCCCGCCCCAUUCUCCUACUUUCCAUCACCCCGCCCCAUUCUCCCUCUAUCCAUCACCCGCCCCAUUCUCUCUCUUUCCAUCACCCUGCCCCAUUCUCCCUCUUUCCAUUACCCCUGCCCCGUUCUCCCUCUUUCCAUCACACCGCCCCAUUCUCCCUCUUUCCAUCACCCCGCCCCAUUCUCAUGCUUUCCAUCGCCCCGCCCCAUUCUCCCGGUUUCCAUCACCCCCGCUACAUUCUCCCUCUUUCCAUGACCCAGCCCCAUUCUCCUGCUUUCCAUCACCCCGCCCCGUUCUCCCUCUUUCCAUUACCCCUCCCCGUUCACCCCGCUUUCCAUCACCCCGCCCCAUUCCCCCUCUUUCCCAUCACCCGCCCUUCCGCCCUUCAUACCUCCCAUUCCAUCCUGCUUUCCAUCACCCCGCCCCAUUCUCCCUCUUUCAUCGCCCCCCCCCCCCCCCAUUCUCCCUCUUUCCCUCACCCCGCCCCAUUCUCCCCGCGUUCCAUCCACCCCGGCCCCAUUCUCCCUCUUUCCAUCACCCCCCCGCCCCAUUCUGCCCUCUUUCCAUCACCCCGCACCAUUCGCCCUCUUUCCAUCACCCCUGCCCCCGUUCUCUCGCUUUCCAUCGCCCAGUCCCAUCCUCCCUCUUUCCAUGGCCCCGCCCCAGUCUCCCCGGUUUCCAUCCAUCACCCCACCCAUUCUCUAUCUUUCCAUCACCCCGCCCUGUUCUCCCUCAUUCCAUUACCCCCGCCCCGUUCUCCAGCUUUCCAAUCACCCCCGCCCUAUUCUCCCGCUUUCAUGUCACCCCUCCCCCAUUUCUCCCUCUUUCCCUUCACCCAGCCCCAUUCCCUUCUUUCAAACACCCCGCCCCAUUAUCCCGCUUUCCAUCACCCAGCCCCA